AGCGCUGGAGGAGUGAAAGAGAAGCUCACCACUUCAGAGCAGCAAAGAUGUGCAGUGACAAGCUCCUCUGACCCCCAUCAAGGUCUCAACACAAGGCAGCCACAACCCUCCCUUGCUGUUGGUGCCUGAGCAAAUACUAUGCAGGAUGGAUUGGGACCGGCAACUCAGAUCGAUUAAGCUGAGGAAAAUGGAUUAUUUACCCUCCGCAGUCCUUUACUUCACUUGUUUGUUAAUUUCAGGGACAGCAAUGGCGGCCGUGGACUUCACGUUAAUAAACCCGAACCCCCUUGGGACCAACUCGGAUUCCUCUCUGGUCUGUGUCAACAGUGAGUGGAGCGACAGCCAGCUUCCCAGCUUCGGGAGAGACUUAACUUCACAAGACCAGCAGGGGGUCUUACAAGGCUCGCGAGACACCAGAUAUCAAUUGGCCACAAAAAUUACCUGGGAAACACAGACAAACAAGACUUUUGGGGCCUUUUACUGUGGGGAAAAAAACAAAGACUCUUUAUAUAAUGCGCACACAAUCAAGAUGUUAAACGAAGCCCCCUUCUUUCCACGGUCU